UUGAGUACAUGAUCCUGGCUACCAUCAUCGCUAACUGCAUCGUCCUGGCCCUGGAACAGCAUCUUCCGGAUGGGGACAAGACACCAAUGUCAGAGCGCUUGGAGGACACAGAACCCUAUUUCAUUGGCAUUUUCUGUUUUGAGUCGGGCAUUAAGAUCUUGGCUCUGGGCUUUGCCUUUCACAAGGGCUCCUACCUACGAAAUGGCUGGAACGUGAUGGACUUUGUAGUUGUGCUUACUGG